GGCGUUUUUUCCGCACCUGCGCAAUUCGCAAUUCGCAGCGACUUGAUUCAGAUGAUGUUGGUGUUUGUUUCUCCUGGCUGCAGAUUCGCAGAGUCGGGCACUCCCAGCACUGUCUUUCCCUCCGCAGUCUAACACCACACGACAAACCAUGGCCGAGCAGCCCCUUGGAUCUGCCCCGCCGCCCAAGCUCGACGCUGGGCAGCUGCACCAGAAGGCGAUCGAGCUGGAGCAGGAGAGAGCAGAGUUUCAGCGCAGGAAGCAGCAGCUGGAACAGGAGUUCAAUCAGAAGAGGGCCAAGUUUAAGGAACUGUACCUAUCCAAAGAAGAGGAGCUGAAGAGACAGGGGGCGGCUCUGGAGAGCUCUCGGGAGGAGCUGGGCAGGCUGCAGGGACAGCUGGCCAAGGCUCAGGCUGAAAUGGAGAAUAUCAAGGCAGUGGCCACCGUGUCUGAGAGCACCAAGCAGGAGGCCAUCGACCAGGUCAGGAGGCAGGGGCAGGAGGAAGUGGCGUCUUUGCAGGCCAUCAUGAAAGAGACAGUUCGGGACUACGAGUUGCAGUUCCACCACAGGCUGGAGCAGGAGCGGGCACAGUGGGGUCAGUACCGCGAGGCAGUGGAGCGCGAGAUGGCUGAGCUACGCCGCCGUCUCUCUCAGGGCCAGGAGGAGGAGAACCUUGAAAAUGACAUGAAAAAGGCACAGGAGGAUGCGGAGAAGCUGCGCUCGGUGGUCAUGCCCAUGGAGAGUGAGAUUGCUGCCCUCAAGGCCAAACUGACAGAGGCAGAGGACCGUGUCAAGGAGCUUGAGGCCUCCAAGGUGAAAGAGCUGAACCAUGUCCUGGAGGCUGAGAAGUCGUGUCGCACUGACCUGGAGAUGUACGUGGCAGUCCUCAAUACCCAAAAGUCUGUGCUGCAAGAAGACUCGGAGAAACUGCGAAAAGAGCUACAUGAAGUGUGUCACCUGCUGGAGCUGGAGCGCCAGCAGCAUAACCAGCUGAAGCACACAUGGCAGCGUGCCAAUGACCAGUUCCUGGAGUCACAGAGGCUGCUGAUGAGGGAUAUGCAACGCAUUGAGAGUGUGCUGUCCUCCGAGCAACUGCGCCAGGUCGAGGAGAUCAAGAAGAGGGACCAGGAAGAGGAUGAGCAGCAGAGGAUCAGCAAAGCUAAGGAACAUAAAGAGACGGGGCGAGAGCAGGCUUGGUCUAGAGAGGAGACUCUCAUUGUUCUGUCUAAUGAAGAGCAUGCUCACAAUAACCACAGCAUCCACAGCUCAGCUCACUCCCUUGACACUGAGAUCCUGGGCCCAGCUGAUGUGGACAGUGAAGGGAAGCAGGAUGGCAGUGCAGGAGAUCUCUUCAAAGACAGACUGCGCAGAGCCCAGUCCACAGACAGCCUGGGAGCGCCCGGGGGAGCCCUGCUGCCGAGAGGCCUGGAUCACAGUAACAAGGCCAAGUCAGCAGGGAACUUGGAUGAGUCAGACUUCGGGCCCCUGGUGGGGGCGGACUCUGCCGGAGCUGAGAACUUCGACACAGCUUCCCUUGGCUCUUUCCAGCUCUCCUCCGGGGCCUUCCUCCUCACCAAAGACCAGGAGAAGGCCAUCAAGGCCAUGACUCCAGAACAGGAGGAGACCGCCUCCCUGCUCUCCAGCAUCUCCCAGGCCCCCAAGAACGCCUACCUACCCGCCUCAGGGUACCGACUGGUCAGCGAGUCAGAGUGGAACCUGCUGCAGCAGGAGGUGAAGAACGCAGGCAGAAAGCUGGGCCGGCGUUGUGACAUGUGCUCCAACUACGAGAAACAGCUGCAAGUCAUCCAGGGUCAGGAGGCAGAGACCCGCGACCAGGUGAAGAAGCUGCAGGUAAUGCUGCGACAGGCCAACGACCAACUGGAGCGCACACUGAAGGACAAGCAGGAGCUGGAGGAGUGUGUGAAGCAGGGCAACGAGGAAACCACCACCAAGGUCUCCACGUUGAUGCAGCGUGUCCAGGAGUCAGAGACUCUGCUCACUACCUUACAGCAGGCUUUCUCUCAGGCUAAGAGGAGAGCACAGGAGCAGAUGGCGUUGCUGAUGCAGUCUCGGGAGCAGGUGGCAGAGGAGCUGGCCAGGCUACAACGGGACAAUGAGAGUCUGCAGGGAAAGCACCGGCUUCACCUAACCCUGCAGCAACAAGAGAACUUCACCGUGCCCACUGCAGCCGAGGAGCUGCAUGCUCUGGUUCUGCGGUACCGGGAGGACAUGGUGUGCAUGCGGACUGAAGCCGAUCACCUGGAGGAGAAGCUGAAGGCAGAGAUUCUGUUUCUGAAGGAGCAGAUACAGGCGGAGCAGUGUCUCAAAGAGAACCUGGAGGAGACGCUGCAGCUGGAGAUCGACAGCUGCAAAGAGGAAAUUGCUUCCUUUUCUAGUUUGAAAACAGAACUGGAACGUGUCAAAUCUGAAAAGGAGCAGCUGCAGUCCAGUCUGGCAGAGAAGACUCAGCAGCUAGAGAGUCUCCAUGGUCUAAACAGCAGCCUGGAGGAGCAGCUGAGAAAGGAGACGAGCACCAAGACGAGCCUAGAAGGCCAGGUCUUUGAAGAGAAGGAUAAGGCUCAGAGGCUUCAGAUGGAGCUGGAUGUCAGCGAGCAGGUCCAGAGAGACUUUGUGAAGCUCUCCCAGACUCUCCAGGUCCAGCUGGAGCGGAUUCGACAGGCAGACUCCCUGGAGCGCAUUGGAGCCAUUCUCAACAACACCAACCUGACAGACAUCAGCCAGCUCCCAGAGACAUGAUAACUCACUGUGUGUGUGUGUGUGUGUGUGUGUGCGCGCGGAUUGUCCCUUCUCUCUCCGGCUUUAAACAAACAAUAUUAAACCUUAUUUAACAAGCUGCUGAGGAAGCAUGGAGAUAACUGAGAUGUACAUUUUUCUGGAGAGAAGAGACCGUGUACAUGAUUUGAAGCACAAUGUAGUAAAGAGCUUUGUCAAGGAACGCUAAUGAAAUGGUAUAUAAAACAAGCCAGACAUGUAAAUAGGUGAUGUGUUUCUUGGCUCUUCUAAUGUUUAUACCUUCCAGCGUGGUUCCCCCCCCCCCCCCCCCCCCCAAUACUGCCGACAGUGUUGUAAAAGUAAUAGUGGGUUUGUUUUUAUUUGUCUACAUAUCCAGCAGGGGCUCCCCGGGACUUGAUCAAGCCAACAUGUGGUUCAAACCCAAGCCCCCUUUGCUUAACGCUCUGAAGUGGGGUGGCUGGUGGAAAACUUAAUCUUUGAGGGCGAUCACUAGAAGCAGUCCAAAUCUGCGGGAAAAUAUGCAAAAAACUGCGGAAAUUUGAAGUUGAUAUCUGAGCAUCUUAUGUGUUUUAGUAUUUGUGUUAAUAUUGUCUUUAACUCCUGCUUUCUAAAGGAGAUCAAACAUCUGUUAAUUUAACAAAACUAGAACCGAACUAAGUUAUAUAUGUUAGGUAAUUUUAGCAGUCUGUUUAUGAUAAUUAUGGUGACGAUGUAGCUGCAGAAUACAGUGAAUCUGUGGAAGACUUUGAAUUCCGUGGGAGCCUGAACAUUCCGCGAUUUCUGAGGAAUUCCGUUAUCUGUAGGUUUGGACUGCCUCUAGUGAUUACCUUUCUCACAGCUCUGCUCCUUGAGAAUGCCCUUUGGACAUUUGCAUAAGGCUGAUAUUGAGCUGAAACUUUUAUUUGAGAGAGAGAGAGGCAGAGGGUUCAUUCUAUUCAUUAUAUUUAAUGUGACCAUUAAUGCAUAGUAUAAUUUAGAAAUAAAUUGUAACUUCACCGUUUGUACUGCAACUGUUAGGAAUAUAAUGAUCCUAACAGUUCAACCAUAUUUGGAUGAUAAAGAUGGUAACACAUUAUUUUAAACUAGAAAUAGAAAUGAGAGUCUUUAGAAAGUCCAAACCGACAUUUUCUACACAAGCAGACUUGUGGCAUACAAGAAACUGAUCUUACUUAAAACACUUCUCAUACUGCUGACUCCUGUAACUGCAAAUAGAUCCUCAUCUGUGAUGGCUGUGCAGUAUAACACAGGGAACUCAAAGCAGGUUGGUGUAAAACAUCUGAGGUCUCUAAAUGGACAAGAUGUUUGCUGUAAUAAUACUGUGUGUGUGUGUGUGUGUGUGUGUGUGUGUUUGAUUUCCCCUGUAUUGUCAGAAAGGGUCCCUUUCAUUAGUGUCUCUCAGUGCCGUGUUGCAGGAAUUGCCUGUUCCAAACCACCAGCUUUCCAAAGCAUAUUCAUAUUUGUUGAAGCCGCUAAUUAAGAAGACUGACUAACCUAUGUGUGUCCCCUCCACUUCCAAAGCAAAUAGGAACAUGCUUUCACUACAGCUGCCAGGACAAUUGCUGGUUUCAAUCGGUACCAAGCUACUCUGAAAGAGAAGCAGCGACCGUCCUUCUAUGCUGUGUUUCCACUAUCCAAACCCUGAGGAGUUCUCAGUAAUGACAGUACCAGUUAUUAAAGGAUUCUCAAUGCAGCUGAACUAGCUCACAUUAAAGUAGUGCUGGAACGCAUAUUCAAUAUUCAAACAAACAACUCUGCUGGCAAAAAUGAGCAUGUUUGGAUUCGUUCAUAUAAGAGAAUUUAUAAAUGCCUGUAUUAACAAGAUCCAAAGAAAAAUGCAUAAAUGAGGUCUGAAAUAAACAACACACUUUUUACAGCAUAGAGAA